CCCCGUGUUGCUCUGCCGGCGCGCAGGGAGGAGCUGGGAAACCGGAGAAGAUGAGAGACGCCGUGCUGCUUCCAGGCGGUGAUCGGGAGCGCCCCGAAGACUAAUGCAGAAAAUCAAUAAGAACGCGGUCCUGGCGCUCCUUUCUCUGACCAGCCUGGUUUUCCUCCUCUUCCAGCUGUACUAUUACAAGUUCUACCUGUCGCAGAAGAAUGGAGCAGUUUUUUCCAAAGUCAGAGGAAGCCAGUCAGGCCAAGACAGCACUAGAUGGCAUGUGGUUAGGAAGUUCCUAGGCUUACUAUCCAGUCACAAUAUACCAGUGUAUCUGAUUGAUCCUUUGAUUCUGGGACUGGUUGAUAAAGACUUUGAACAGAUCAGAAGUUCUCCUGAUGGCCCUAGUCCAGAAUGCAAGUACUUUUGUGCUCCAAGAGACUUUACUACGUUUGCACUGCUGGACAAAACAUGGAAACAUGAAGUGGACCUUUUUAGAACUGCUGAGAAAAUGGGGUUCCAAUGGCUAAAGAUUAUAAACAAGGACCCCCGCUUGGAUGGGAUGGAUGACCUGUCUGGGAUUGAAAUUCCCUUGCACUACAUAUUUAAACUGGCAUCUCAUGCCAUUCACCUGGUGGUCUUCUAUGAGAGGAGUGGUAAUUAUCUCUGGCAUGGCCCCCUGAGACUCAAGCAACAUAUGGACAGAAAGUUUGUGCCUUUUCGGAAACUCCACUUUGGUCGCUACCCUGGAGCAUAUGAAAAGCCGGAACUUCUGCUUGUUUCCAUUGAUGACUUAAAAGUUCAAAUUCCAAAAAACCCGUCCAGUUUUCUAGAGGAGAUGUCACACUCUAGAUUUCUUGAAUGUAGGUACAGAGAAGCUCGGGCUUUCUUUCAGCUGUAUCCUGAUGAUGCCUCUCUUGAUGCAGUGGAGUUCAGAAAAAAAGCAAAAUCCUUGCUCCAUCUGGCUGCUCUGACACUGAAUAACUUAGGAGUAAAUUUCUGGCUGAGCAGUGGAACAUGCCUUGGCUGGUAUAGACAGUGCAAUGUCAUUCCUCACAGCAAAGAUGUGGAUUUGGGAGUCUUUAUAAGGGACUACAAAACAGAUAUCAUUCCAGCCUUUCAGAAAGCAGGAUUACCACUGAAGCACAAAUUUGGCAAGGUAGAAGACAGCUUGGAACUCUCUUUCCAGGGAGAAGAUGGUGUGAAACUUGAUAUUUUCUUCUUCUAUGAAGAGGAUGACCACAUAUGGAAUGGAGGAACUCAGGCCAAAUCGGGCAAGAAAUUUAAGUAUCUCUUUCCAAAGUUUACUCUGUGUUGGACUGAAUUUGUAGAACUCAAGGUACACGUGCCCUGUGAAACCCGUCAGUAUGUUGAAGCCAACUAUGGCCCAGACUGGAAGGUUCCUGUGAAGACAUGGGACUGGAAGAGCUCACCAUCCAAUGUGCAGUACAAUGGUGUCUGGCCUGUCGAUGAAUGGGAUGAUGUCAUUCAAAUCUACUGACCACCUGACUGCUAGUAGAGCAUGCCUGCUAUCCUUGAAACUCUCAUUUUUGGCUGUGUAUUCAAGUGUGUACAGUUCUGGAGAGAUGAAAUAGUUACUGCCAUGCAGCAGUUUUACUACUGUAUCAUUCCAGGUGCACUCUGGGGCUUCCCUGCUGUUUUCAUCCUGGAGCGCGCUGCAUGUUUUUUCCUGCCAAUCCUCUUGGUUCCAGCAGUCUCCUGCCCGUGAAGCACUGGAGUAAAUUAUUCAGCUUCUGGCAACAACUUGUCAUGCUGGCUCUUCAGUUGGUAUGGUAACUUUGUUAGCUUUUCCUAAUUAAGAAGAGAGAGGUGUAAAAUCCUGCUAAUGCCAUUUACUCGUAAAGUAAACAUUACAUCAUAAGGGAUAAUUUCUCAGGUAGAAUUUUUUGUAUUUGUUCCUUAAAAUGAAAAAAGCCAAGGUCCUUACGGUUUUCGUGUUCAAAACUCUGUUGUUGUGAACUUCUUUGUUUAGUAAUGUACAAUAAGCCUGUAAGUUUUUCAGAUGUGAUAGGUGUUUAAGGGUGAAGGAAAAGAUACUAUCAGAAAAUUAUAAUCCUGUCAAAUUUUUGACUUUGUAGAUGGAAAGAAUAAUGGAAAAAAAUGCAUGUCCGUGAA